GAGCUGCCAACAUACACGAUUUUGGCGUAGCAGAUACGAUUUCCAGGCCCUAAUUACGCCGCUACGCUUGACUUGAAUAUCCUACGCAUUACCCAACAAAUCGAAAAAUGAAUCGUGUAGCUGGCAGCCUCGUGCCUGUGUUGACAUCCAACCAGCCCUAAAGCUCACAUAUAAGCCGUGUGAAAAAGGCCCUCUCACUUGGACUGUUCCGUUUCCCCCCCUUUAGUUUGGAUUAGUCCAUGUAAUGGUUUGGCCCAAUAUCUAACGUCUCCGUAGUUGGUGACGAGGGCUGUGAGUUCCUGCUGCUGUAUUUCCAGUUUACCUGUGUUAGUGUGCGUCCAUUAAGAUGUAAGUACUGUUAAGUUGAUAUGUGUUUUGUAUUGACUGUGUUAUAAGAAUGUAUGAUGUAUGUAGGAGAAGUUGAGAGUUUGCAGCUGCAAGAGCUAACUAACCAUGCGCUCAUUUCUGCAAGUCAUGCUAACCUCAUUCUGCCAAAUGGGCACUAUUUAAAUAUCCCUGAGUUGGAAUUUGACAUGAAGAAUCUUAAUAUUUACCCUGUUGGUUAUGUGUGAUAUUAAGUUAAGAAAUCUAGCUGUAAUAAUGAAUAGUUCCAUGAACAUGUGCCUGCUACAUUUUCUCAUAGAAGCUACUGUGGCUACAGCCAUUGCCUUAUGUUGGAGUGCCAUCUAGUGGCCAAGUUUGUAUUGCAGAAGAUUGCAAGUUGAGUUGAUCUGUUAGCCAUGCAAUGUUAGUAAUACUUAUUAUUGUAUCCUUAUUUCAGAAACCACACACACACACACACACACAAGCAAAUGCAUGUAAAGAAAGUUUAAUAAAGAAAGAAAGAAGAUAACAACGUGAUUUACUGUCACUCAAUGGUGGAUUGGCAUCUGGAACAUUAGUUUAUAAUAGACGACGGACAAAGUCAUCCAGUCUAUUUUUCAAGCCGUUUUAUGAUCCGUCCCUUGCGUUGACAAAGAGCCAAUAGGAUCGGCUGUACUUCUUUUUUGUAAUACCCUCACUACUGUUACCAGGAUGCUAUGCUGUUUUGGCUCCCGCUGUUGAUGAAGAAUUCUAUUCAUGUAGACCAGUGCCGUGCGGUGAGCUCGUAGCUGGCUUUCAGAGUCAGAUAUGUGAAAAAUAUGUGAAGUCAAUAGAGUUUAUUAAAACAUAAUUCAAUUGGCAGCUUGCACAUUGACUACUGGUUGUUUUUCAUAUUUUAUCUCAGCAUUCUUCACACACACCUAUGAUAGGUACAACGAGUUGGCAGUUGGUAGCUAGAGAACUCGUGUUAAUAACUGGUAGGCUAAUAUAUUAUUUCAUGCGAAGAUGCACAGGCACCCUGAGGAUUUUUACCUUUACCCAUUGAAAUACAAUGAGUUAAAUCGGGGAAACUAUAACAUCAGCUCGAUAACUAGCUAUCAUUACAUGCGAAUUGAACGCUUCCAUUUAAAUCGUUUAGGUUAUUUAAGUCUCUUGAGCUAGCUAGCAUAGCAACUAGAUAACUAUAGCAACCAAAAAACACAACUUUAGCUGCACAGUUUAAUUUCUCAAACUCAGCUCACCAAUACAUUAAAAAAAAGAUCGUUGGGUUCAAAGUGAUCACAACGACGUUGUAUGAUGUUAAAUGGAUGACAGACAUUAAACAAUCCCCUCGGAAACACUCGGAUAUCAAUGUAAUCUUGGCUAAUAAUUAAACGUACUGGUGGCUUUCCAUUCGUCUGCAUUUGCAUUGUUGUAUUUUGUGGCAGAUUCAUCGGGGUAAAUCAUUAUGGUUACAUACUGUUACAUAUAUAUAUCGGGGUAAAAUCCAUCAAGCAUCUUUGUAACACAGCAGGGAGGCAUUAUACAGGAGGGAAUAUUUCCUCACUUGCAUCUUUGUUACAGAGCAGGGAGGCAUUAUACAGGAGGUGCUAAUUUCUCACUAGCUCCGCUUUGUGAGGGAUUGCUCAAUCUGACGUGAGGCGCCGCUCUUUGCCUUACCCCGCUUGUCUCCUCUGCUCAGGUCACGAGCAAAUUCAGCUAUUUUGGUUAUAAAAUUAUUUAAGAUCAUUGGAAUCAUACAAAAAUUACAUUUAUAGCACAGAUAAGUAGAACAUAUUAAUAUCUGGGUUUUUUUCAUUAUAUAAUUUAACAUAUGUGUUGUGUUUUUAUUAUCUUAAUUUCUAAUGGACCAAUGAUAAUUCGUGAAUACACUAUGCCCGCGAAAUCGCGGAGCGAGCUGUCAGUUGAAGUCUAUCAAAAAUGGAUGGUGAACGUACUUGUCCUCCGCUGAAAAAGCGGCGAAUUUCUGAACAGCGCUUCAAGCUAGAAUAUAACGCAGAAUGGCCGACCAUCACCCGGUCGAGGCUGGACGACUUCCACGCUUACUGUAUGUUGUGUAAGACAGAUUUUAGCGUGAGGCAUGGGGGCCGACACGACGUUGAAAAGCACAUCAGGACUGCUAAACACACGUCAUACAAGGCGGCAGUGGAAGCUACAAGGCCCAUCGCGGGCUUCUUUACGGUUGACAGUGACACCAGUGUCAUAAAUGCCGAAGUGCUCGCUGUGGACUUUCUGGUGGAACACAACAUCCCGAUCGCGGUGGCCGACCACAUCGGGCCACUGGUGAAAAAGAUGUUUCCGGACUCGAAAAUCGCUGGAAAGUAUGGGUCUGGUCGCACAAAGAGCAGCGCCAUUGUUGGAGCUCUUGCCAAGGAGGAUGCGUCUGUGAUCACGGAGGCAAUGAGGACAGCUCCAUACUCCCUAGCCACGGAUGGGAGCACUGACUAUGGAGACUGUAAGCUGUAUCCUCUUGUUGUGAAGUACUUUGAUCGAGGACUUGGGCGUGUUCUGACAGUACUCCUAUCUUUGCCAGAGUGUCAUGAGGCAUCUACUGGGCAGAACAUAUUCAAACUCAUUGACAAUGAACUUGAGAAACGUAGCAUAUCCUGGGACAACUGCAUGAGUUUUGGGGCAGAUAAUGCCAUGGUGAUGCAGGGACUCAAAGCUGGCACGGCAGGCUACAUCAACAAAAAAAACAGUGCAGUAUAUGUGCUGGGAUGCCCGUGCCAUCUAAUUCAUCUAGCUGCAGAAAAAGCUGCUGCUCAGCUUCCAGUGUCCAUUGAAGAGCUGCUGGUGGACAUAUACUUCUACCUAGACAAAUCCAGCAAGAGGAAACAGGGACUGAAGAAAUUUCAGGAUCUGUGUGGAGUGGAAAUGAGAAAGAUUGUUAAACAUGUAAGUACGAGGUGGCUCUCUUUAGAUAAAUGCAUCGCCAGGAGUCAGAACAGUCUGGGCACAGCAGCAAGGACAAGACCACGCAGAGCAGCAGCAAGGACAAGACCACGCAGAGCAGCAGCAAGGACAAGACCACGCAGAGCAGCAGCAAGGACAAGUCCACCCACAGUGUUAGCAAGGACACAUCAACCCACAGUAGCGGCAGCAAGGACAAUUCUCAGUUUGAUUUGCAGUGCGGUCCUGCCGAUAUUUGAUGAGGCCAACACUCUGCUGCAGCUAGACAAACCCUGCAUACAAAUACUACACAGGACUUUGACCACACAGCUGAAGAAUCUCUUGAACCGAUUUGUGAAGCCUCAGGUGAUCAAUGCAGCUGCUAAGGUUCACCAGGUACCAUUCAGGGAACCAAGCAACCAGAAGAGCAAUGAGACCUUGUUCAUUGGGCAAAACACCAGAGACUUCAUAAGAGAUCACCCUGAGCUUGAGGAGCUGCAGCUUGCCCAGGUCUUCAGCGCUGUGCGGGCAUUCUACAUGAAGGCUGUUGAGUACAUGGUGAAGAAGUUUCCCUAUGAUGACCCAGUGAUAAGGAAUGCUUCUGUGGCUGACAUGUCUGCACGGGACAGCGCAGACUUCAAUUCUGUGAGGUACUUCACAGGCAGAUUCCCCUGCUUGAAGAUGAGUGCUGAGGAGAUGGACAAGCUUGAGGGUCAAUUCAUGACCUACCAAACCGAUGCUCUGCCAGAAAGCAUCACCAGCUGUGACAGACCAGACACACAGUGGCACCUGAUGAGUCAGCUGAAGGAUGGAAAUGGCCAUCUCAAGUACCCUUUACUCUGCAAGGUAAUGCUGGCUAUCCUCUGCAUCUUCCAUUCCAAUGCAGACUGCGAACGCAUCUUCAGUCUUGUCACAAAAAACAGAACGGAGUUCAGACCUAGUAUGGGAAUGGAGACCCUGAGUAACCUCAUUACCCACAAACAAUUCAUGGUGGCAAAGGGGUCUGUCUGCUACAAGCAGGCGUACUCCAAGACAACUCUUGCCAAGGCCAAGUCAGCAACCUAUGACCAUCUAAAGUGA